AAUCAAACCAACCGAAAAGCUGUCACGAUCUGACUCAUCUUUCAUCUUCACCUCUCAAAAUUCUUCUCAAUUCUGUGUAAUAUAUGUACUCUCAGGGUUGCGCGCAGAAACCUACUCAAGGAUUCAAGUAACACAUAUUCUCAGGUGCUCUUUGAUGGUGGAACUUCCGAGCCGAAUUGGGAUUCUUCCGUUCAGGAACAAGGUAUUGUUGCCGGGCGCAAUCAUUCGAAUUCAAUGCACGUCUCCGAGCAGUGUGAAAUUGGUGGAAGAAGAAUUAUGGCAGAGGGAGGAGAAAGGGUUGAUUGGCAUUCUACCUGUUCGAGAUGUUGCAGAGGGUUCCAUGGUGACUCAAGGGGCUGAUUUGGGAGAUAGAAGCUCCAAGAAUCAACAAGGUUUAUCAGAUUCUCACAAGCUUGAUGGGAAAAGUCAACAAGAACCCAACUGGCAUACAAGGGGUGUUGCUGCUCGUGCAUUACAUCUAUCAAGAGGAGUUGAGAAACCAAGUGGUAGGGUUACAUACAUAGUUGUUCUUGAAGGAUUGAGUAGAUUUAGUGUUGAGGAGCUUAACACAAGAGGAACUUACACCACUGCAAGAAUUUCUCCAAUUGAUAUGACAAAGGCUGAAAUGGAGCAAGUAGAACAAGACACAGACUUCAUAGUAUUGUCUAGACAGUUUAAACAAAUUGCCAUGGAGCUUAUUUCUGUUCUUGAACAGAAACAAAAAACUGGAGGGAGAACUAAAGUUCUUCUAGAAACUGUCCCUGUGCACAAACUGGCAGAUAUAUUUGUUGCUAGUUUUGAGAUUAGCUUUGAAGAACAGCUGGCAAUGUUAGAUUCUGUUGAUGUAAAAGUAAGGCUUUCAAAAGCCACAGAAUUAGUUGAUAGACAUUUACAGUCUAUUCGCGUGGCAGAAAAGAUUACACAAAAGGUUGAAGGACAGCUGUCAAAAACACAGAAGGAAUAUCUUUUACGCCAGCAGAUGAGGGCUAUUAAAGAAGAGCUUGGAGAUAAUGAUGAUGAAGAUGAUGACGUGGCAGCCCUUGAAAGAAAGAUGCAAGAUGCUAGAAUGCCUCCCAAUAUUUGGAAACAUGCACAAAGGGAAUUAAGGAGAUUGAAAAAAAUGCAACCUCAGCAACCAGGGUAUAACAGCUCACGUGUUUACCUUGAGCUUCUUGCUGAUUUGCCAUGGCAGACAACCAGUGAAGAAGGUGAGUUGGAUUUAAAAGCUGCAAAAGAAAGGCUUGAUAGUGACCACUAUGGCUUAGUCAAAGUCAAACAAAGGAUUAUUGAAUAUCUAGCCGUUCGCAAGCUGAAACCGGAUGCGAAAAGCCCGAUACUAUGCUUUGUGGGCCCACCAGGUGUCGGGAAAACAUCAUUGGCAUCAUCAAUUGCUGCUGCUCUUGGGAGGAAGUUCAUAAGAAUAUCUCUUGGUGGUGUAAAAGAUGAAGCCGACAUUAGAGGCCAUAGAAGGACAUACAUUGGAAGUAUGCCAGGUCGCCUCAUUGAUGGAUUAAAGAAAGUAUCCGUUUGCAACCCCGUAAUGUUACUAGACGAAAUCGAUAAAACGGGUUCCGACAUUCGCGGCGAUCCUGCAUCAGCACUUCUUGAAGUUCUUGAUCCCGAACAAAACAAAUCAUUCAAUGAUCACUAUCUGAAUGUUCCUUUCGAUCUAUCGAAAGUCAUAUUUGUGGCGACUGCAAAUAGAGCACAACCAAUUCCUCCGCCACUUUUAGACAGAAUGGAAGUCAUCGAGCUUCCUGGAUAUACAUCUGAUGAAAAGCUUCGAAUAGCAAUGCGCCAUUUAAUUCCACGUGUCCUUAAUCAACAUGGCUUGACUUCCGAUUUCCUAAAAUUUCCCGAGGAAAUGGUGAAACUUGUUAUUGAAAGGUACACAAGAGAAGCUGGUGUGAGGAAUCUUGAAAGAAACCUUGCUGCCAUAGCUCGAUCAGCAGCUGUAACAGUUGCAGAACAGCAACAAAAUAAUAAUAAUAAUGUUUCACUCAACCAAAUUUCUUCACCAUUGUUGGAAACUAGACUUGAAGGAGGAGGAGGGGCAGAAGUGGAAAUGGAAGUUAUAGCAAUGGGUGGUGGUGUUAAUAAUCAUGAAAUAUCAAAUGUAUUCACCAUUAUGUCACCCUUGAUUGUGGAUGAAGAAAUGCUCGAAAAAAUACUAGGGCCUCCAAAGUAUGAUGAUAAAGAAGCUGCAGAGAGGGUGGUGACUCCGGGAGUUUCUGUUGGUUUAGUUUGGACGGCUUUUGGUGGAGAAGUCCAGUUUGUGGAGGCUACUGCCACCGCCGGAAAAGGUGAUCUCCACCUCACCGGUCAACUCGGUGAUGUCAUCAAAGAGUCGGCUCAAAUAGCAUUGACAUGGGUAAGAGCUCGGGCAAAUGAACUUGAUUUAGUUAGUGCAGAAGAAAAGAAUCUUCUAGAAGGUCGAGAUGUCCAUAUACAUUUUCCAGCAGGGGCAGUGCCAAAAGAUGGACCAUCAGCUGGCGUGACACUUGUCACUUCACUGGUUUCACUUUUUAGUCGAAGAAGGGUAAGACCAGAUACUGCAAUGACAGGUGAAAUGACCUUACGGGGUCUCGUUUUACCAGUCGGGGGUAUCAAGGAUAAGGUGUUGGCAGCUCACCGGUAUGGGAUUAAGAGAGUGAUUAUGCCGGAAAGAAAUUUGAAAGAUUUGGUUGAAGUCCCGGCGGCUGUUCUUGGAAGUUUGGAGAUACUACUUGCAAAGAGGAUGGAGGAUGUGCUUCAACAUGCUUUUGAAGGUGGGUGUCCAUGGAAACAUCAUUCCAAGUUAUAAAGAAAGAAAGAAGAUUUUUAUCUAACACGUGUUAUAUUAUUGUUUUCUUUUCUUCAAUGUUGAAUUGUUUUCUUUCUUGUAUCAUCUCAUGAAUGUGUAAAAAUCAUCUGAUUUUUUAAUCACAAAGACUUGUAAUCUUUGUUAAAAGACAUUUUGUGUUGAUCGCUAA